AUGUAUCUGACAGGCGAUAAGCCUUACGCUAAAGACUUUUGUCAAUCUGCAAACGCAUCCCCCAUUUCUAAAUUAAGGCCCGACAAGUAUGAAUCUAUUUACUGCUCUGAAAAAGACAAAAAGCUCAAAGAGAACUUAGAAUGGAGUCUGUCAAAAUCCAGGAGAUAAUAAUCUCAUAAAUACAGUCAGAAAAGAAUAAAUUAGACCACAAUUGACAAUGACUCUUUAACGAGAAGUCCUUUGGUAAAGUUUUUGGACCAGACUCCGAGAUCUAACUGCUCUAAAAGUUCGGCAAGUUUAAGCAGUUGUAAGGGGACACCAAAGCCACAUAGCAAGUCUAAAUCAUUGUCAUGCUAAAAUCUCAAGAAUCUUGCCACCAAUUGUAACAACAACACCAAUAAUAAUUCUAAUUCAUCUUACAACAACACUAAUCACAAUUUCAAUAUGAAUGAGGAUGAAUUUGAUACUAUCAAUUUUGAUUGUUUGAGAGGGCCUAUCAAUCUUGAUAACGUUCAUGUUCCAUGUUAAAUUUCAAAUAACAUUACCCAACAACUAGCUAAUAAAUAAAAGACCAGUAGAUAAUAAUAUCAACAGUAGAAACAUCAAAAUUAACAACAAUAUCAACCAGUUAAUAAGCCAGUCAUAAUAACUAGAACAACCUCCAAGAAUAGGAAAAAUUAAUCCUCUCUUGAUCUCAGUCACCCUGCUGCGUACACUAACAUAGAAAUCCUUCCAAUUAGCAAUCAGAGGAAAGAGCGUAUUCAAAAAUCAAGAGAGUCUCGAGUAUUCUAAGAUCUGAACAGUAUAGAAAUAAUAGAGCCUUAGAAUAUUAAUCUAUAAAAUAAAAAUUAAAAAGAUGGAAAAGGUAAAUGCAGCAAACUCAGUCAGUUUCUAACUCAGAACUGCAACCAGAGAAACUAAAGAAUCAACAAUGAGAAUUUAGAUGCUUUUGGUAUGAGAUAAAUCAACACUGAAGACAAUAUGCUAAAUGUACUUCAGUAUUCGAUAAGCAAUGUACAGCCAACAUUUGAAUACAAAGAAUAGCAAUAAUCCAUAAAACAAAACGGUUUAAAAUUUGACAUCAACAAGAAUCUCUACCCUAGCUUGACUGGCUAAAAGCUUACCAAGGAGUAAGCAUACUAAAACGUAUUUAAUAUAUAUAGUGGGCUUGUGCAGGACAAAUUGAUUGAUGCCUGUUUCCAGGACUUAUUGACUAAGGAUCCAUUUUAAGUAGUUCAUGAAAAAAGAAACGCACAUAAAGCAAGAUAUAAAUUCGAAACAUCUAAAUAAGCCUAAAGUAGAAGUCUUGUAGCUAGUCCCAACACCAUUAAACAUGAGCCUAGGAGAGUAACAUUAGUCCAUUAAAGUAAGUUUGAAGAACUCGAAGUAAGAAAGGCUAAGGCAGCAAGUGCUUGGCUAGGCCAAAUGAACCAGACUUAUGAACAUUAAUAUGACCUUGAGUAUAAAAAGUAGAUGUGGGAAAUAGAGAGAAAAGAAGCCAUGAGAGCCAAAUAAGAUAAUCAAUACAGACUAAUGAGGGAUUAAAGACAUUAGCAAAGACUAAUUGAAAAUAUAAUUUAAAACCCUGCAACAUAGACUUCACUUGACAGAAGAAAUAACUCAAGCUUUAAUAAUUAAAAUCUGAGUGAUAGAUACUACUCAGCCCCCAAUUCACCUAGUAUCAUUAAAAUGAAUAGAGCUCCUCUAGCAGCCAAAGAUAACAACAUUGACAAGAUGUCAAAUCUAUCUGGAGCCCCCACUAACUGUACUUCUCCAAAGGGUUUAUAAUCAUAUGCUUCUUUUGCAAUGAGAAGAAAUUCUACUAAGAACAGUUCCAGGAUGUAUUCAGGGGCUUAACCUGGCUAGAUCAGUGCUCUCAAUCAACAUAUCAAGGAAAAUAGUUAUGGGUUGACUUAGCAACACUCCCGAAGCAACAGCAGAUCACAGAAUGUAUUAGUUGCAAAAAAGAACUCAUUCUUGAAUGUUAAUGUUAAUCUAAUAAAAAAUCAGUAUGUUAAGCCUGAUGGCUCGCUUCACUCUAGAAGGAAAACUUUCUGCCUGUGA